GGUAGGGAUUACUACUUUGCCGCCACCAAGCUUUCCCCACGAGCACUGUUCGUUCGAGCUCCAUUAAACCCUAAACCCCCCCUAUUUUUUCCCGAUCAAAAAGUGGCCAUCACCAAUCCGAAUCGGCGCUUUCUCCUUAAUGGCGCCUGUCGAGGAGAAGCUGAGGUGCACGAAGGAGCCCUACAUCGAGGACGUGGGCUCCCGAAAGAUAAAAAGCAUUCGAUUCACCACGUUAUCGAGUGAGGAGAUUCGGAAAUCGGCGGAGGUGCAGGUUUGGAAUAACAGGAUCUACGGCAACGAUCUGCAGCCCGUGGAGAAUGGUUUGCUCGAUCGUCGAAUGGGAUCUGCGAACAAAAAAAUACAGUGUGCUACUUGCCAUGGGAAAUUCACCGAGUGUCCGGGGCAUUUUGGGUACUUGAAGCUCACGCUGCCCGUUUUCAAUGUUGGCUAUUUCAGUUCUAUCUUGGAUAUUUUGAAGUGCAUAUGUAAGACUUGUAGUAGAAUACUACUUCCUGAGGAAGAUCGCAGAGAAUUUUUGAGGAAAAUGAGGAAUCCAAAAGCAGAUGCAUUACAGAAGAAUGCCCUACUGAAGAAAAUCAGAGACAAAUGCAAAAUGUUUCGCUGCCCACGCUGUGGAUCUAGCAAUGGUGUGGUUAAAAAGGCCAGGACUGGACUUGCCAUUGCUCAACAUUUUACCAAAAGUGUUGACGAAAGUGCAGAAGAAAUUCGUUCUGCAUUAUCUCACAAAAAAGAUAAACAGUCUUUUCAGGCUGCUCAUGUUAUAACCCCUGGGGCAGCUUUUGCACUUUUUAAAAGAAUGCUUGAUGAGGAUUGUGAAGUGCUCAAUCUUUAUGAUAGGCCUGAGAAGCUUAUUGUGACAGAAAUUGCAGUCCCGCCUGCAACUAUCCGCCCUUCAGGGUUUGUGGGUUUUGGAAGAACAAGUAAUGAGGACAGUAUUACUAGCAUACUGAAAAAUAUAAUCAAUACAAACUCUAUUCUGAGAGAGGAUCUUGAAGGUGGGGCUCCCGCUUCCAAGUGUAUUGACUGUUGGACUCAUCUUCAAAUUCAAGUAGUUGAAUACAUAAAUAGUGAUUCUCCUUCUGUCCCUGAAUCGAAGCAUCGUGGGCUUAUCCAGCGUCUUAAAGGGAAGCAAGGACGGUUUCGUGGUAAUUUGUCUGGAAAACGUGUUGAAUAUACUGGAAGGACUGUCAUUUCUCCUGAUCCAAAUUUAAAAAUAACAGAGGUGGCUAUUCCUGUUCUGAUGGCCCUGGUCUUAACAUACCCAGAAAGAGUUUCUUACUAUAACAUUGAGAAGUUACGACAAUGUAUACUUAAUGGACCUGACAAAUAUCCUGGAGCAAAUUUUGUCCAAAAACCUGAUGGUAGUACAAUGCACUUAAAAUAUGUGAAUAAGAAGAUUGUGGCUAAUGAUUUGAAAUAUGGCGAUAUAGUGGAAAGGCACUUGGAAGAUGGAGACAUUGUCCUUUUCAAUAGACAGCCGAGCUUGCAUAGGAUGUCAAUUAUGUGCCAUCGGGCAAGGAUAAUGCCUUGGAGAACACUGAGGUUUAAUGAAUCUGUUUGCAAUCCAUAUAAUGCUGACUUCGAUGGAGAUGAAAUGAACUUGCAUGUUCCUCAAACAGAAGAAGCUCGUACAGAAGCUCUCAUGCUAAUGGGGGUGCAGAAUAACUUAUGUACCCCAAAGAAUGGUGAAAUACUAGUUGCUUCCACACAGGACUUUUUGACAUCAUCUUUUCUGAUCACAAGAAAAGACACUUUUUAUGAUAGGGCUACAUUCUCUCUUAUGUGUUCUUACAUGGGUGAUGCUAUGGAUUCCAUUGAUUUGCCAACACCAGCUUUGAUUAAGCCUGUUGAGCUUUGGACUGGGAAGCAAUUGUUUAGUGUUCUGGUACGCCCUAAUGCAUGUACAAGGGUUUUCUUAAAUCUUAUUGUGAAGGAGAAAAUCUAUACUGAUAAUGAAACUAUGUGUCCAUGUGAUGGUUAUGUGUACUUCCGCAACAGUGAACUUAUAUCAGGGCAGCUCGGAAAGGUUACUCUAGGAAAUGGAAACAAAGAUGGCCUUUUUUCUGUUCUUCUUAGAGACUACAAUUCACAUGCUGCUGCAAGUUGUAUGAAUCGUGUGGCAAAACUGAGUGCCAGGUGGAUAGGGAACCAUGGAUUUUCAAUAGGCAUUGAUGAUGUCCAACCUGGGGAAUACCUAAAUCAGCAAAAAAAGAAGAAAAUCGACGAGGGGUAUAGAGAAUGCCAUGAACAUAUUUCCUCGUACUCCAAAGGCCAACUCACUUGUGAACCUGGUUACAACGCGGCUCAAACCUUGGAACUUAAGAUAACUAGUGUUUUGAAUCAAAUUAGAACAACAGCUGGAAAUGUGUGUAUGAAUACACUUCAUUGGAGGAACAGCCCAUUGAUUAUGUCACAGUGUGGAUCUAAAGGUUCUGCAAUCAAUAUCAGUCAGAUGGUUGCAUGUGUGGGCCAGCAAUCAGUUGGUGGUCGCCGAGCUCCAAAUGGCUUUAUUGAUCGAACUCUUCCCCACUUCCCCAUAAAUUCAAAGACACCUGCUGCUAAAGGUUUCGUUGCUAAUUCAUUCUACACUGGAUUGACUGCCACUGAAUUCUUCUUUCAUACAAUGGGUGGACGAGAAGGUCUUGUUGAUACAGCGGUCAAAACAGCAGAAACUGGAUAUAUGUCACGAAGAUUAAUAAAGAGCUUGGAAGACCUCUCAGUUCAUUACGACCAGACUGUCCGCAACGCUAGUAGUGGGAUCGUUCAGUUUCUUUAUGGAGAUGAUGGCAUGGAUCCAGCAAAGAUGGAAGGAAAGGAUGGCAUCCCUUUAAAUUUAAGUCAACUGUUCAUGAAAGUUAUGGCCACAUGUCCUCAUAGAGUACUUGAUACUUUGUCUCCAUCAGAAAUUCUACAAAUUAUGGAUGACCGGCUUUCAAAGCAUGACAUGUCUCCUGAGGGUGGUUGUUCUGCUGCCUUCAAGAAGUUGCUAACAGAUUUCGUGAACAGUCGUGUUGUUUUGAUGAGAAACACAAGAAGAGCACUUAAGUUAGAUGAAGAUCAUACGGAGCAAAAAGAUAUUAGUUUAACAGAAAGAAUUGCUGCAAAUAUUUCUGGAAUUUCUUCCAAGCAACUUCAGGUGUUCUUGGAUAACUGUAUAUCACGUUAUCAUUUUAAAAAAGUUGAAACAGGAGCUGCAAUUGGAGCAAUUGGUGCACAGAGUAUAGGAGAGCCUGGAACUCAGAUGACUUUAAAAACAUUUCACUUUGCUGGAGUUGCUAGCAUGAAUGUCACCCUCGGGGUUCCUCGCAUCAGGGAAAUCAUCAAUGCGGCCAAAAAUAUAAAAACACCAAUUAUUACCGCCAAACUUCUCUCCGAUCGUGAUGCUUUAUCAGCUAGUAUAGUAAAGGGCUCUAUUGAGAAGACUGUGUUGGGUGAGGUUGCGAAAGCUAUACAGAUCGUCAUUAAAUCACAUCGCCCUUAUAUCAGUGUAAAGCUUGACAUGGGAUUAAUCAAAGCCUUGCAUAUGAGGAUUUCUGCUGAUAGUGUCCAACUUUCUAUCUUGAAUCAUCCAAAAAUAAAGCUAAAACCAGAGCAUAUUCGUAUCCUUCGAAGUGACAAGUUAAGAAUAUAUGCUCCUGAAGCUGAUAAGAGCCAACUUCAGUUUAGCUUGCACUCUUUAAAGGCAAUGCUUCCAAAGGUUAUUGUAAAGGGUAUCCCAACUGCAGAGCGUGUUGUUAUCGACAAAACCAAGCAAGGAAUUUACAAACUUUUCAUAGAAGGCACAAACCUUUUAGCAGUGAUGGGAACUCCUGGGAUUGAUGCGAGAAAUACCAAGAUUAAUCACGUUAUUGAGGUACAUGAAACGCUUGGAGUUGAAGCAGCAAGGCAAUCUAUCAUUGAUGAAAUUCACGACACCAUGCGUAACCAUGGAAUGAGCAUCGACAAGAGACAUAUGAUGCUUCUGGCUGAUGUGAUGACUUACAAGGGAGAAGUUCUUGGAAUAACAAGAUUUGGCAUUGCGAAGAUGAAGACCAGUGUUCUUAUGCUAGCAUCCUUUGAGAAAACUGCAGAACACCUUUUCAAUGCUUCAUACAGUGGUAGGGAGGAUAAGAUUGAUGGAGUAAGUGAAUGCAUCAUUAUGGGUAUACCAAUGCGGCUGGGAACCGGAAUCCUCAAAGUUAAACAAAGGCUUGAGCAGAUACCCGAUUUUAAAUAUGUGCCUGGUCCAGUUUUGAAUAGAAGUAAUAUCUAAUUGGCCCAAGGCAUCAGCUUCACAUAAUCAAACAUAUAUUUUGCUUCAUUUAGUGACUGCCGUUUCAUAUUACCCAGAUGCCUUGGGUUGGUCGCGUCACAGGACCUGCUACUUACCUUCUUUCCUAGAGUUCUCUAAUGGUGCGUAGGAACAUUAUAUGAUCACGGUCGGGUAUGCUCACCACAUGCUAAGUUGUAGCGCUCUUCAGCUACAGAAAGUUUCAUAAUAGCGAAAAUGUACAUAUUUUUUUUCUAGAGUUUUCUUUUUGUGCGCUUUGUGCGACAGCAGUGAAUAAUUGCGAUAAUCAGUAUGUUUAGCUCUGCUGAAAGAGUUUUAUGUGCCGUUUAGGUAUUAGUUCACAAAGUCCAAUCUGUGGCCUGUGGAUAACGGACGAAGAAUGUGCAAUACUCGGGAUGUAUAUAUAUUUUUUUCUUCUAAACAAUGAUAAUCAAAUAUUAUUCUCAAAUUCGUAGUGGCUUUAUGCUACUCAA